UAACUGGAACCCGUGUAGUGCAACCGAAACAUCAGAUUUCAUAUUUAUCUAAAAAAUUUCCUCAUUUGCUCAUAUUUAUCUAAAAAAAGUUGAAGUUGCUGCACUUUAAUAAUUUAGAAAAAUUGCAAAAUGACUGCUGAAGAUAAUUUAUUGGUACAAUUCCAGUCUUUGGGAAUGUCGGAGCAAAAGGCAAAAGAAACCCUUAAAAAUGCAAACGUGACGAAGAAUCUCCAACAUGCUCUGCAAGAAUGUGCAAAUAUUGAAUUAAAAGAUGGAAUUGGAAUGUUAAUAUAUCACAUGGCUUCGAAAAUUAAACCACAAAUAAUUGAUAAACUUCCAUUUCUAGUUAAAUAUAUAACAGAAAAGAAAUUAGAUUCAACUUUACGAAUAGAUGUUGCACUGGAAUAUUUGCUUACGCAUGGACAUAAAAGUGAAGCAAUAAAUAUAGCAGAUUUUGAAAAAGAAUGUGGAGUUGGUGUUGUUGUUACACCAGAGGAAAUUGAUGACACUGUCAGUAAAUUAAUACAACAAAACAAAGAAGCGAUUCUUACCCAAAGAUAUCGGUUUAAUGUAGGAAAAUUAAUGCAAGAUGUUCGCAAUAGUUUGAAAUGGGCAGAUGGAAAAGCUGUCAAAAAUGAAAUUGAUGUGCAAAUGCUUGAUUUAUUAGGACCAAAAACUGAAGAAGAUUUAAAACCGGCACCAAAAUUAGAACGGAAGAAAGAAUCUAAACCUUCAUCAAAUAAUACUUCAAGUUUAGCAAAGAAUGAACUAGAAAGUAGUGACGGUGCCAGUACGAUUGCAGAGCUAAUGAAAACAAAAAUUCAUUUUCAUGCUCCAGGAGAAAAUUAUAAAACUGAUGGUUACGUUGUUACUCCAAAUACUGAGAAAUUGCUAAAAGCUCAUUUAUCAGAAACCGGUGGUUUGGUGAGAACAAGAUUUCCUCCUGAACCAAAUGGUAUUCUGCAUAUAGGUCAUGCCAAAGCUAUAAAUAUAAAUUUCGGUUACGCUGCUGCUCAUAAUGGUGUAUGUUUCCUUCGUUAUGAUGAUACAAAUCCUGAGAAAGAAGAAGAAAAAUUUUUUGUUGGUAUCAAGGACAUGGUAGAAUGGCUUGGGUAUAAACCUUAUAAAAUAACACAUUCUUCUGAUUAUUUUCAACAAUUAUAUGACUGGGCUGUGAUUUUAAUAAAAAAAGGAUUAGCAUAUGUAUGUCAUCAAUCUGCUGAAGAAAUGAAAGGCUUUAAUCCACCUCCCAGCCCAUGGCGAGAACGUCCAAUUGAAGAAAAUCUUCAACUUUUCGAAGACAUGAAAAAUGGUAAAAUAGAUGAAGGACACGCUACACUACGAAUGAAAAUUACGUUAGAAGAGGGAAAAAUGGAUCCGGUUGCUUACCGUAUUAAAUUUAUUCCACACCACAGAACCGGGAAUAGUUGGUGCAUAUAUCCAACUUAUGAUUAUACACACUGUCUUUGUGAUUCUAUAGAAAAUAUUACUCAUUCAUUAUGUACCAAAGAAUUUCAAAGCCGUAGGUCAUCUUAUUAUUGGUUGUGCAAUGCUUUAGAUAUUUACUGUCCUGUACAAUGGGAAUAUGGACGUCUCAAUAUGAACUAUACAGUUGUUUCUAAAAGAAAAAUAGGUAAAUUAAUUGAAGAAGGAAUAUGUUCAGAUUGGGAUGAUCCAAGACUUUUUACUUUAACUGCUUUGAGACGUCGCGGUUUUCCUGCGGAGGCCAUAAAUAACUUUUGCGCUCAAAUGGGGUGCACUGGAGCUCAGAUAAGUGUUGAUCCAGCCAUGUUGGAGGCAUCUGUUCGUGAUGUAUUAAAUUUAACAGCACCAAGACGGCUGGUUGUUUUAGAACCGUUGAAGGUUACUAUUACAAAUUUUCCUUACUCCAAGCCAAUCGAAAUUGAUGUUCCUGAUUUUCCACAAGCUCCUGAAAAAGGAGGACAUAAAAUCAUAUUAGAUAAAAUUAUAUUUAUUGAAAAAAGUGACUUCAAAUUGAAUCCAGAAAAAGGUUACAGACGCUUAUCACUAGAUCAAACAGUUGGCUUAAGGCAUGCUGGUUUGGUUAUAAAAGUGGUUGAAGUGAAAAAGGGAAAUGAUGGAGAAGUAACUGAAUUAGUAUGCGUCUGCGAGCAAUCAGAGAAGGCUGAGAAGCCAAAGGCAUUUAUUCAAUGGGUAUCGGAACCGUUUGAAAUUGAGGUUAGACUUUACGAUUUACUAUUUAAACAUAAAAACCCAGAAGAUUCGAAUGAAGUCCCUGGUGGAUUCUUAACCGAUUGCAAUAAAGAUUCUUUGAAAAUCUUAAAAUCAUAUGCUGAUAAAAUUUUAAAAGAUGUAAAAGUGUAUGAUAAAUUUCAAUUUGAAAGAAUCGGUUUCUUUUCGGUAGAUCCGAAUACCAAGGGAGAUAAUAUUAUUUUUAAUCGUACUGUCGGUUUAAAAGAAGAUGCUGGAAAAAAUUGAAUUUAACAUUUGUUUUUGUUUUUUUGGUCAAAAACUACAUACAUAUAUAUAUAUAUAUAUAUAUAUAUAUAUAUAUAUAUG